GCCACUGCUGUUCUCUGUAUUGUGACACUAGUCACAGAUGCUCUGGCGACAAUUUUAACCGGAUUGGGUCUACGUACUCAGGACCACAACCUCAAGUACAAGUUCUACAGAAUCGCUGUGUUGGUUAUGAUGGUUGCGCUUUCGGUAAAACAACAGCGUGCAUUGCCUUUUAUCUGUAAUAAACCGGCUUAAAAUUAUCGUGUCUCUUUGUUUUACAAUUAAAAAUUAUUUGCCUAUGGCGUAUGAUAAACUUUUUUGAGUAGAGUAGUUUGAUACACGAUGAUGUUAUACACGUUUGAAUGAAUUAUAGAAAAAGGCGUUCAAUUUUUUUAAAGUUACAACGAGUUUGUGUUGGAAGAGUGGAUAGUUCAUACAAAUCAAAUAAAUAGUUGUUACAACAUUGGUGAACUCAACGUGAAUCGAAUAACUGAUAGAGUUUUCAAGCUGUUCAAUCGACAUAGAAUGACUCGAAUGGCUACCCAAUUACUAUUACAUUGCUCUUGUUAAAUGAGAAAUGAGAUUCGAGUUUUUCAUGCAAUAUGAAAAGGAGUUAUUAAUGACCACCUUUCUGUAUAACAUACGCCCAGCGUGUUGCCCCAUGUACGAUCGAGCCUGUUGGUGACCACUAACACCACGACGAGCGGCGAACUACCGAAGCAGUUCGCCACCGCCAUCAUAAUUUUGUUUCCUUACUCAUUCGUAAAGUUCCACUCUUGUAGAGCAGACAAUAAAACACUUUUUUCUCGCAUACUUUUAAUUCGCCGCGCUUUCUUUCUAAAGAAGAUAUAUCACGGACUUUCCCGCUAACCGUUUCCGAUUUUUCCUGUAAGUCUCAUUUUACCACAGGUUAUGGUGUCCAGUACGUGAAAACCGCGAAAAAUCCGCAAGUGCAGAGAAAUUUUGAGCUUGAACAUUAUUUUCUUUUGUUUGUGAAGACUGUCGAUACCACGCGGUUUGAGUCCAGAACAAAAUGGUUGAUGCCACGAGGGUUUCUUUUCCCAAGCUGAGCCAGCACAAUUGGCCGUCCUGGAAACAACGGAUGGAAUGGCUGCUUGAAAAAGAUGAGUUGUGGGCUAUUGUCAGUGGUGCGAAGCCGGAACCGGUCACGCCGAAGUGGCUGAGUAAGGAUCGGAAGGCUCGAGCAAACAUUGGACUAUCCUUGGAAGAUAGUCAGUUCAAGUUGGUCAAAAGUGCUACUUCUGCGCUCAUUUCAAGAUGGCUUGACAAAGUUUUUUUUUUUAAUUCUUUUAGCACCAAUAUUUAGUGGUUAAUUUGUGGUUUCGAAAUCCAAUUUGUGGUAAUUUGUGAUUGAGUAAUUUCUGAGAAAUUUUCAGAAAACUGAGUAAAGCCAUCUCUGAAAAUGAUUUCGCUUCAAAUGAAUCGGAUAACGAUAAUAUAUACAUCAAUCGAAAGCUCUUAAUUUGUGGUUCACGAAAAUGUAGUUUUUGUAGGCAUACUUCAUAAUGAAAUAAUUAAAAAAACUAUUAUUUAAAUUUUUGAACAUUGUUUACCUCUUGUUGUCAACACCGACCGUACGCGGCGCUGGUAGACCAUCAAGAUGAUUUUUUCUCAGAAAGCUUUCGUGUAGCGAUGAGUAUGGUGAAACAAGAGAUACUCAGAGGGAGAGAUAUGCGGUGAGCCAAACGAACCGUCAAAAUUGGAGCCAAACGAUCAAGAAAGGUAACACCACAUUGAGAGGUAUUGCAAAAAAGAACGUGUUCAUUUCUAUACGUAUUGUACAAAAAAGAACAUGUUCAUUUCUAUACGAUUUUUUUUUCUAUUACCAAUGAAUGAGUGAUUUUAUCCGGAGUUCAACAACCCUUGUGUAUAGGUAACAAAAUAAGUGAAGGUGUAUAAAAUUAAACAUAAGCAUAAAAUAUAUCACCUUAACAGUUUUUGCAAAGCACUUCACUAUUCUUAAGGACUUUCACCGUCACCACCGAUUUUACAAGUCGAAUGUUAGUCAACAUUGCGCUUUGAGAAGAGAUCUGGCACCUCUGACAUAUGAAACCCAGUUGCCGCAUUGGCGAUUUUUUUCACCGCGAAUCUCUUCCUCUUGAGUAUUUCUAGGUGAAACAGUAUGUAAACAGCAGGGAUACUACAUGUGCAGAUUUGCUGCGAAAUGCAAAUGUUGAUCAAUUAGCAGAUAUUUGUAGUUGACAAGCCUCCGUGUGUUUUUCGUAAAUUUCCUCAAAAUAAGUGAAGUUUUACGUAGACAUGCGAGCGUAAUUUUCUCGAUCUUCGGUCGAAUCAUUGCCGGAAAUGUAGUUUUGCCGUUUACCGAUUGUUUGAAAAAAAAAAACCUAAAUUAAUACACCUAGGGGUGUGAUCUGGUCUUUCUCAUACAAAAUCUAUUAUAUGUUAAAAUCUAUUAGCACAAACGUUUUAACUCUUGGAAUAAAUUACAGCCUGAUAAUAAUAAAGAACAAUUUUUUGUUUCGAUAAAUAUAAUAAUAUUCUGGUAACCAACUACGCAACUGUAUUCGACUGUUGGGUAUUUUAGAAACCGGAAUGAUGCCUGAAGAUCGUGAAUGGGCCUUAGAACUGUAGGGAACGGUCGAAACGCAUGGUAAAUGCCCAAAGGUGUGAGUCCUGACUAGAAUUAAAAUUCGAUAUUUUCUCGUCUCAGGAAUAUGCUACUACAACUACCCCCUGAAUAAUAAAACAAAAAAGCUUUCAACGGCAGCGACAACUGUAUGUCGUAUACAGUAAGGUCGCUUUUUAGGCGGUUUUUUUUUUACGCGGGUUGCUUUCCUCCAUUACUCAAAAACGGUACAAGAUAUCGACCUCAUUUCUUUCACGUUUUCCGUUUUAGGCCACGAGUGAUCAUAUAUCAGUUUUUAAAAAAAAUCACAAUUUUUGGUGUAAAUACUCAAAAUUUAAAAUAUUGAAUUUUGGUCUCUAGAUUGGCCACUAUCUUAUUCAAACGAGGUUUUCACGUUUUAGGACGGUUUUCUUUGUUAUAUUUGCAACUCAAAAAAGUCGUUUUUUACGCGGGCCCAUACAAAUUUGGAACGCAUCCCCCGCGUUAAAAACGACCUUAGUGUAUAUGAACGACUGUUGAUGUGUUCUAGAUAACCCACUAGCACUAACAUCGGCAGGUGCCAGUACUAUGCUCAUCCAACGCCGCGUACGAUCGGUGUUGACAACAAGAGGUAAACAAUGUUCAAAAAUUUAAAUAAUAGUUUUUUAAUUAUUUUAAUAUGAACUAUGCCUACAAUAACUACAUUUUCGUGAACCACAAAUUAAGAGCUUUCGAUUGAUGUAUAUAUCAUCGUUGUCCGAUUCAUUUGAAGCGAAAUCAUUUUCAGAGAUGGCUUGACUCAGUUUUCUGAAAAUUUCUCAGAAAUUACUCAACCACAAAUUACCACAAAUUGGAUUUCGAAACCACAAAUUAACCACUAAAUAUUGAUACUAAAAGAAUUUAAAAAAAAUACUUUGUCAAGCCAUCUUGAAAUGAGCUACUUCUGCUAAGGAGAUGUGGAAUGCACUCAAAAAAUGGCAUGAGAGUGCAACGAUGUCCACCGUUGUACAUUACAUAGGCUUGUGUUGUAGUGCCACUAUGAGUGAAAGUGAUAGUAUGGAAGAUCAUUUGAAUUCCAUGGAAGAACUAUUAGAUAAGUUGGCCGCCGCCGGACAGAAUUUGGACGUACCGUUACAAAUUGCGAUGAUUUUCCGCAGUGUCCCACCGUCGUACCGGUCGCUCGUGCAGAAUCUGAAAACUCAGCCGGAUGCAAACUGGACAGUCGUGUCAGUUAAAGCAAGUUUGCUAGACGAGUACAAUCAGCGCAUUGAACGCGGUGAACGGGAAACGCAUGAUCUGAAGGCAUUGAGAUCGGACGCGAGUGGCGAACAGAAAGAAAAGUUGUGUUUCUUUUGUAAACAACCGGGACACUUUAAGAAGGACUGUAAGAAGUGGUUGUCUAUGAAAAGUGAUUCGAACAAACGCCGGGAUGGAACUUCUAAGAACAAAAGUGCGAGAGACAAACAGCCUCACGGUGCUGCAAGUGCGGUUUGCUUUAUGGCGGGCGGUGGUCUAUCGGGGUGGAUUAUCGAUAGCGGCGCGACGUGCCAUAUGACAGGCGACCGGCUGUUUUUUGCGUCACUGGAAAAGUGUGCGGUUUCGAGUGUGACUCUCGCGGACGGCAAGAAGACCAGCGUUCGCGGUACUGGCGAUGGUAUCGUGUUCGGUGUUAACGGACAAGGUGAAACCGUCGAGAUUACACUAAAGAACGUGUUAUACGUGCCGGAACUCGAUGGAGGACUGAUUUCGGUUAGCCAGUUGGUGGCGAAGAAAUUUGUCGUAGAGUUCAACGAAGGUACAUGUGAAGUGAAAAAUCAAGCAGGCGAGACUGUCGUCGUUGGCGAUAAGAUCGGUUCCCUCUACUGUUUGCGAUCGGAACACGGUGUCAGGAAGAUCGAGAGCGGUCACGGUAAUUGUCAGCAUCUGUGGCAUAGAAGGAUUGGUCACCGUAGCCCCGAUGUUUUGCGUAUCAUGGAGAAGUCUGUAAGUGGAUUUAAAUUUAACGAUUGCGGCAUCAGUACUACCUGUGAGUGUUGCCUGAAGGGUAAAUCAGCUGUAAUGCCGUUCCCUGCCAAACCUGAGAGGCGCACAUCACGUCCGUUGGAAAUAAUUCAUACCGAUCUAUGCGGUCCCAUGGAAACCGUUACACCUUCUGGGAACCGCUACAUAAUGACUUUAAUCGAUGAUUUUAGCCGUUAUACGGUGGUCCAUUUGCUUCGGAAGAAAAGCGAGGCUGCCUCCAAGAUAAAGCAAUAUGUUCGUUGGGUAGAAAACAUUUUCGGUAAAAAAGCCUCUCGCGAUUCGCUCUGACGGAGGAGGCGAGUUUCUGAACCGAGAGCUGCAAUCAUUCUACGAAAGCGAAGGCAUAAGGGCACAGUUCACGACACCGUAUUCGCCACAACAAAACGGGGUCGCCGAACGAAAAAAUAGAUCGCUGCAGGAGAUGGCGAUUUGUUUGCUGGCGGAUGCAAACAUGGCAGAGUUAUACUGGGGUGAAGCAGUAAUGACGGCAGCGUACCUGCAGAACCGGCUACCAUCCCGAGUGAUUCCAACAACACCGUUUGAGCUGUGGACAGAACGUAAAGCGGACAUUAGACAUUUUCGUGUUUUCGGCUGUGAAGCCUAUGUGCACAUUCCUAAUGUGAAACGGUUUAAGCUAGACCCAAAAGCAGUUAAGCUACGUUUCGUCGGAUACAGUGAAGACCACAAGGGUUAUCGUUUCCUCGACCAAACCACGAAUCGGAUAACCAUCAGUCGAGACGCUCGUUUCCUCGAGCACGGAUAUAAGUUGAAGCAGCAGCAGCAGGAUGUGAGCCCUGGAAACCCCGGACAGGAGAUUGGGAUCUCGUGUAGUCCAAUGGAACCAGAAGCAGAACAGCGUAGUGAAAGCAGCUUCGAAGGCUGGGACGAUGCGAAUGACGGGUUGAAUCAAGAAGAUUUUAUCGGAUUUGACACCGAUGUCGAAGCGGGAGAAGCCGAAGAUGAAGCAGAACCAGACGACGCAGGCGAAGAGAAUCGUGAAGAUCGCAGAUCGCGUGGUGUACUGCCAAGGCGGUAUAAUGAUUUCACGGUCGGUGUAGCCGAGUGUUCUCCGGAAGAGCCGGUGACUUACCGGGAUGCUAUGAAAACUGCUGAAUGGAAGAACGCGAUGGAUGCGGAAAUGCAAUCACAUUUUGAAAACCAAACGUGGGAGUUAAUUCAGCUUCCGGAAGGAAAGAAGGUAAUAGGAUCGAAGUGGAUAUUUAAACUGAAGCGAAAUGAAAUAUGCGAGGUUGUCAAGCAUAAGGCGCGCUUGGUGGGCCAAGGAUUCAAUCAGCGGUUCGGCGUAGACUAUUUGGACGUUUUUGCUCCAGUUACCCGUUUAGCAACGCUUCGUACAGUUCUAGCAAUCGCUGGGAAAUGGCAGAUGUUUCUGCACCACUUUGACAUCAAGACCGCUUACCUCAAUGGAACGUUGGAGGAGGAGGUAUAUAUGCGUUAUACGCGCCGUUUAUGCCGCCCUUCGUGACGCAUUUGAAGCAACCAAUCUAGGACCAGUCCGUCAGUUCCUGGGAUUGGAAGUUCUGCGCGAUAAGGGGUACUACAGUAUUCGUUUGACUGGCUAUAUCGAGACGCUGCUGACCAAGUUUGAGAUGAGCGAAUGUAACGCAUCGAAAACACCUAUGGAAUCAGGAUAUAUGCACGAAACCGAAGACAGUGAUCAGUUAACGGAUGCAACAAGAUAUCGAAGUCUAGUUGGUGGCCUUUUGUACGUCGCAGUAAAUGCCAGACCGGACUUCGCGGCGUGCGUCUCUAUUCUCGGAAGAUGCGUAAGUCGACCAACAGAAAGAGAUUGGAAAGCUGCUAAACGCGUCGCAAGGUACUUAAAGGGGACCAAACAGUUUCAACUCAAGUUCGGACCAGGAAGUGACUGGAAUCUUGUCGGAUACUCCGACGCCGACUAGGCCGGCGAUCGAGUGAGCAGACGGUCUACUACAGGGUUUAUAUUUUUCUUCGGUUCCGGACCCAUUGCAUGGGUUAGUCGGCGCCAAACCUGCGUGGGCUUGUCCUCAAUGGAGGCCGAGUAUGUCUCGCUAAGUGAGGCGGCCCAAGAGCUGAUCUGGUUGCGCAGACUGUUCGAUGAGCUCGACGAAAACACUAGCAAGGCGACAACCAUAUUUGAGGACAACCAGAGUUGUCUUAGUUUCGUGAAAGCGGAGCGUACCAACAAACGGUCAAAACACAUUGACACCAUGAAGCAUUUUGUGAAGGAUCUCUGCGAUCAAGGACAUUUAAAGCUCGUCUAUUGCCCAUCAGAUAAAAUGAUCGCAGACGCACUAACCAAGCCUUUGGGUACCGUGCGUUUCCGGGAAAUGCUGGCGCGCAUGGGCCUUGGCCAAUAAUGGUCGGUGCUCAUUACGGAGGAGUGUAGGAGUUAUUAAUGACCACCUUUCUGUAUAACAUACGCCCAGCGUGUUGCCCCAUGUACGAUCGAGCCUGUUGGUGACCACUAACACCACGACGAGCGGCGAACUACCGAAGCAGUUCGCCACCGCCAUCAUAAUUUUGUUUCCUUACUCAUUCGUAAAGUUCCACUCUUGUAGAGCAGACAAUAAAACACUUUUUUCUCGCAUACUUUUAA